AUGGUGUGGCUCGCAUACUGGACCCAAACACUAAGCAGCUACUUUCAUUUGACUUCAUCUUCCACUUUCCCAAAGGGUGUCAUAAACUCCAGAGUCUUCGGAGCCACCUUCUCUCCCGAGAAACCCAUUCUCUCGGUGAUAGAAUCAGCCUCGCUAACCAACUUGCCACAUCUAUCAGCUAUAUCCAUGUCCUUGACUUUGUGCACAAGGAUGUUCGCCCAGAGAUCGUUUUGA